AUCUAUGAUUUAUUGUAUAAAAAAAGACGUGAAUAUUAGGGAAUAACCUAAUAUCAAAUAAUUAGAAGAAGUGAUGCUUUGAAUUUAGGUCAUCUAGCCCAUCAUCCUAUGGAGUUAGCCGGAAAAUCCCUGGACGUCUCUCGAUUUAAUUUAUACGAUUCUAUUAUUGUGAUUCUACUUAGAACUUUUAGAACUUCUGAUUGUGAUUCUACUUAGAACUUAUGAUUUCGGUUUAGGAUUAUGAUUUUGACAACCUUACCAGUUAGGCAAAAAAAUAUUGGCAGGAGGACUAAUAAAGAUCACCUACUUAAGUGGCCCAUGCAGACUGCAUCAGAAAAGAUGGACACCACACACCAACCUGUAUCUAGCGCAACUGGCCCUGGUUAAUUUUUGUACUCUCUUUACUGCAGCAUCGAUCUUAACUGGAGCAUCAGCAGGGGUACAUAUAUCAGCAUCAACUUCUCUGGAUCACUUUCCAUCUCAUUGCAACACAUUUGCCGGCCCUCACUUUCCAAGAAGUAUAGCAUAUCUGAGCUCAGCGCUGCCUCUCAUAUCUGUUCAGUAAUCACCAGCCAAUCUCUCUCUAUCUAUAUAUAUAUAGCUAGUGAUCGAGCAACCAAGAAAUCAGAGAUAGCUAGCUAGCUAGUGAGCAGCAACCCAGAAAUUAGAGAGAAGCUGCUAGCUCUGCAUAUACAUGGAGGAAUCGAAGGAGAGCUCGAAGCUGGAGAGGCUGCGCAGCACGGCGAAGCAGCAGAAGGGGAAGCUGUACAUCAUCAAGAUCUGCAUCUCCAUGCUCAUCUGCGGCAGCCCAAAGUGUGUACUCAACAUGAACUAGCUAGUACUUCUCUCUAUCCCUCUCUUCUCCCUAAGCUAUAUAUGGCUAAUAUCUCCAUCCAGUCAAGAAGAUAUAGCUAUAUCUCUGUGUCGUUUGUAAACUUGUGCUUCUGCUAAAUUGUUCAGUGUACGUAGCAUAUAUAAAAAUGUUCCGACUAUAAUGCUAGAUUAUGGUAUAUAUGCAUGCAUGCACGCAUGCAUAUCGAGAUGUUCAUAUAUAGCACACAAAUUAAAGUUCUAAAUUAUAA